UGCCACUUAUCAGCUCCAUCCUGCACCAUGUAUCCUAUCCUUGAAUUACACAGUGGAGAAUACUGGUGUGAAGACAAAAAGGGUGGAAAAAGUCACGCUGUCAAUAUCUCUGUCACUGCUGGUUCUGUGAUCAUGGAGAGUCCUGUCCAUCCUGUGUUGGAGGGAAAAUAUGUUAUUCUUUAUUGUAAAAACAAGGGAACUCAGUCAAAACACAUAGCAGACUUCUACAAAGAUGGAUCCCGUCUCGGCACCCGGUAUACGGGCAACCUGAUCAUCCAAAAUGUUUCCAAGUCUGAUGAAGGAGUCUACAAGUGCAGCAUCUCUGGAGCUGGAGAAUCACCAGAGAGUUGGCUGAAAAUUUCAAAACAAACACCUGAUGAAAAGCAUACUGACUCUCCUCAACUCCUCACCCUGCUAUGGAUUGUUGUCAGUGCUUUACUGACGGCUCUGCUGCUGUUUGUGGUGGGACUACUUCUCUGUAGGAAACACAAAGUCGUAGAGGAAAGUGUAGUUGAUCCACACUACGCAACAUAUGCUGUUGUCGUAAAACAAAGAAAGGAGAAAGGACGUGAAAUUGUAGCUGACCCAGACAACGUGACAUACAGUGUUGUCAAAAUGGAAGAGAAAGAGCCAAAGAUGUGCAGAGCAAACACCGAUCCUCAUUUACAGGAGGAGAGUUUUGUCUACUCCUUAAUUAACUACAGACUGUGUAAAGUGAAUAGAGACAUUUUCCUCUAA